AUAACACAUCAAACAAAAGAAAGGGUUUUUUUAGAGGUAAGCAUAACAUCUUUGUUUACAAGUUUUCAGCAUCACCUGCAUCCACCCUUUUUCCACUCCUCUGUGUUUCAUGCCGAUAAAGGUAAACUGUGAUUUUUUCCAGAAAAGGAUGAUGUGUCGUUUUUUUUUUCAAUGAACUCAAAGCUGAAACUAUAAUCAGAGGAAAGUAGAGAACGAUAAAAAGACCCCGACUAUAGUUCUGUAAAAAGAAAAAUAAUUCUCCAGCAAGUUAAAAAGAUAUUAGAUUGAAAUCAUAUAAAUAUAUGACGAUUUAAAUAUAUAGACCACUAGUGCAGAUUCAAACACGUAUCUUUAGAUAGCAUAGAAUUAAUUCAGCAUUCCCAAAGCAAUGAUGAAGCAAAAAAACAUAAAAGCAUAUGGAGCUAAGAAAUCAUAUACUUCCGCGGCGACUUCGGCUACGUUAUCUAAACCGACGACUUCAGGCAGAAAGCCACGUGCCUCCGGCGAAACUUCACCUCCACCGAUUGCAUCAAGUACCGGCCUGAGGACCCCUCCUUCACCCCCAAAUCCACUCUCCCUUCCCAAGCCUAGGCCCACCCUAGCCCAGGACCAGCCCAGAAAAUUGGACCUCACUUCCGUCGAGGGGCCCUUGAAAAAUCGUCAGACAGAAUCGCGACUUCUGCACUUGAAUCAAUGUCCACGUGAGACAUUAAUUCGUGUAUGUACCAGCAUCUCUUUAUUUACUCAAUAAAACAUGGAAGUUUGAUGUUGCAAAAGGGAAAUCAGACAGGGCAGGUGACUUAAAUGAAUGGAAGAACAAUCAUAAGAGCCUUCAUCAUCCCCCCACAACAGCAACAUUAUUGUCUCAGGUUGCUCUGUUUCUCAACCUCACCUUCCUACAACGUGCAAACAUGCAUUGCCACCCUCCAAUCGUGUGCCCACAAUGCAAACCUCUCCAAGGGCAAGGAACUCCACUCCCACUUGCUCAAAAACGCUUUCUUUGGAUCCCCGCUCGCCGUCACAAGCCUCAUCAACAUGUACUCCAAGUGCACCCUCAUCGAUCACUCCCUCAGAGUCUUCAACUACCCUACCCAUCUUGACAAAAAUGUCUUUGCCUACAACGCUCUCAUUGCUGGUUUCGUUGCAAAUGCUCUUCCCCAACGUGGGUUUGCUCUAUAUAAGCAAAUGAGACAUCUGGGUAUCGUUCCUGACAAGUUCAGUUUUCCGUGUGUCAUCAGAGCCUGUGGCGAUAUUAUGGAGGAUUUGGAGGUUAGGAAGAUUCAUGGGUUGUUGUUCAAAUUUGGGUUGGAGUUGGAUGUGUUUGUUGGCAGUGCGCUGGUAAUUACCUACUUGAAAUUUGGAUUGGUGCAGGAUGCGCAUGAGGUGUUUGAAGCGUUGCCUGUGAGAGAUGUUGUGCUUUGGAAUGCAAUGGUUAAUGGGUACGCGCAUAUUGGGAGGUUUGAGGAGGCUUUGGUGGUAUUUAGGAGGAUGGAACGAGAAGGGGUGAUUCCUUGUAGAUACACUGUUACUGGGGUCUUGUCGAUAUUUUCUGUGACAGGGGAUUUUGACAGUGGACGUGCUGUUCAUGGGUUUGUGACAAAAAGGGGCUAUGAAUCAAGUGUUGUUGUUUCUAACGCAUUGAUUGAUAUGUAUGGGAAAUGUAAAUGUGUUGGUGAUGCGUUGAGUGUGUUUGAGGUGAUGGUCGAGAGAGAUAUUUUUUCAUGGAAUUCGAUCAUAUCAGUUCAUGAACACUGCGGUGAUCAUUACGGAACUUUGAGGCUUUUUGAUAGAAUGCAGGUAAAAGGGGUUCAACCUGAUUUGGUUACCAUUACAACAGUACUUCCGGCUUGUACUCAUCUUGCAGCGCUGAGGCAUGGUAGAGAGAUACAUAGGUAUAUGGUUGUAAAUGGGUUGGGGAAGGAAGAAAGCCACAAAGAUUUUGAUUACGUUUUGUUGAACAACGCUCUGAUGGACAUGUAUGCAAAAUGUGGAAACGUAAGAGAUGCAUGCACGGUUUUUGACAACAUGAGGGAGAAGGAUGUGGCCUCGUGGAACAUCAUGAUCACAGGUUAUGCAAUGCACGGUUAUGGUGAUGAGGCAUUAGAUAUUUUUUGCCGUAUGUGUGAAGCUGAAAUGGUACCUAAUGAAAUCAGUUUUGUGGGAUUACUAUCUGCGUGCAGCCAUGCUGGGAUGGUGAAGGAGGGGCUUGGGUUUCUAUCAGAAAUGGAGUCAAAGUAUGGUGCUUCUCCAUCCAUUGAACACUACACUUGUGUGAUUGACAUGCUUUGUAGGGCAGGAAGGUUAAUGGAGGCUUAUGAUUUAGUGGUAAGAAUGCCAUUUAAGGCUGAUCCUGUUGGAUGGCGAUCUCUGCUAGCAGCAUGCCGUGUCCACAAGGAGAAGGACUUGGCUGAGAUUGCUGGUAGUAAGGUGAUUGAACUUGAGCCAGGUCAUUGUGGAAACUAUGUGCUGAUGUCAAAUGUUUAUGGAGCGGUUGGUCGAUAUGAGGAAGUGUCAGAGGUGAGGCAUACAAUGAAGCAACAAAAUGUGAAGAAGAUACCUGGUUGUAGCUGGAUUGAACUUGUGAAUGGUGUGCAUGUUUUUAUAACAGGUGAUAGGACUCAUCCUCAUACUGACUCUAUUUAUGCAGGCUUAAACUCAUUGACAGUUGUUCUGCAAGAGCAUGGUUAUGCUCCCUUUGUCUAGCAUUUGGUUU